AUGGGCCCGCAAGGCCGUGAGCGCCGGGCGGGGACGGUCCAGGGCACCAACGACAGCAGCGCCCUCAGCAAGCGCUCGCUGGCCGCGCACGGAUACGUACGCGAUGCCUUCGCGGCGCUGCUGGCCCCGGGGCCCGUGCGGCGCACGCCGCUCAUCCACCGCGGGUAUUACGUGCGCGCGCGCGCCGUGCGUCACUGCGUGCGCGCCUUCCUCCGGCUCGCCGGCGCGCCCCCGGCCCCGGCCAGGACGCAGAUCCUGUCCCUGGGCUCGGGCUCCGACUCGCUUUAUUUUCGCCUGAAGGCCGCGGGCCUCCUGGCCCGGGCUGCCGUCUGGGAAGUGGACUUCCCGGACGUGUCUCGGCUCAAGGCGGAGAGGAUCGGGGAGACCCCGGAGCUGUGCGCGCUGACCGGCCCUUUCGAGAUCGGGGACCCGGCGUCAGCUCUGUGCUUUUCGAGCUCGGACUACUGCAUCCUGGGCGCUGACCUGCGGGAGCUCCCGCGGUUAGACGAGGCCCUGGACGGUGCCGGCCUGGACGCCGCUUCACCCACGCUGCUCCUGGCAGAGGCGGUGCUGAGCUACCUGGAGCCCGCCAGAGCCGCGGCCCUCAUUGCCUGGGCCGCCCAGCGUUUCCCCGACGCCCUUUUCGUGGUCUAUGAACAGAUGAAGCCGCGAGAUGCCUUUGGGCAAGUCAUGCUGCAGCACUUCCGGCGGUUGCACUCACCCCUGCAUGGCCUGGAGCUCUUUCCCGACCUGGAGGCCCAGCGCCAGCGCUUCCUUCAAGCUGGCUGGACUGCCUGCAGCGCCCUGGACCUGAACGAGUUCUAUCGUCGCCUUCUACCCGUGGACGAGCGCCGGCGGGUCGAGACGCUUGAGCCCUUUGAUGAAUUUGAGGAGUGGCACCUCAAGUGUGCUCACUAUUUUAUCCUGGCAGCAUCUAGGGGAGAUACUCUGUCCAAAACUCCGGUGUUUCCGCCCUCAGAGGCUCCUUUUCAGAUAGAUCCUGCCUCGCCUUCAGGGUUUCUUUCUGCCAGAGUAGUCACUGGAGACCACCAGGACUCAAGCCUGAAGAGAUACGGCCACGCCUCCAUCCUCUUGAGCCCUGGCGUUAUCUUCAGUGCAGGAGGCUUUGGAGAACAAGAAGGACGACACUGCCGAGUGAGCAGGUUUCACUUGCUCUCACGAUCCUGCGACUCUGAAUGGAAAGGCAGCCAAAUAAGUAGUUUGAGGACUGAAGGCCAGUGGGAUGGACGCCUUUAUCACACCAUGACAAGGCUUUCAGAUACUCAGGUUCUGGUUCUUGGAGGGAGACUGUCCCCAGUAAGUCCAGCCUCCAGGGCUCUCCAACUUGAUUUUUACGAAAGCGAGGAUAAUUGCCCCGAGGACCAACGUGUAAUAGUAACAGAGGCCACCUUAGGAGAAGGCCCCAUGUUGCGUUGCUGGCGGCAUUCAACAACAGAAGUCUAUCAUCAGAACCAAAGAUACUUGCUUGUGUAUGGUGGCCGAAGUGUGACAGAACCGGCAGUUAGUGACUGUCGUUUCCUCCAUGUAGAGACAAUGGCUUGGGUCAGAAUCCCCGUUGAAGGGGCAGCACCCCAGGGUCGGCAUUCUCACAGCGCCUGCAGUUGGCAAGGGGGAGCACUUAUCGCUGGAGGUCUUGGUGUUUCUGAGGAACCACUGAGCUCUGUACUCUUCCUCAGGCCAGCAUCCUCCAGAUUCCUCUGGGAAUCAAUAGAUGUCCAGCCCCCCAUUACCCCGAGGUACUCUCACACCGCUCAUGUAUUUAAUGGAAAGCUGCUUUUGGUUGGAGGGGUUUGGAUUCAUUGCUCCUCAGUCCCUGGAGUGACUGUUAUCAAUUUGACUACGGGGGUGAGCUCUGAGUAUCAGAUUGACACAGCGUCGGUACCGUGGCCGUUAAUGUUGCACAACCACAGCAGCGCCCUCCUUCCCGAAGAACAGCAGCUCCUGCUUAUUGGAGGGGGAGGGAACUGCUUUUCCUUUGGCACUUAUUUCAACCCCCACGCAGUGGCAUUAGAUCUCUCCUCCUUGAGUUCAGGGCAAUAAAGAAUGGACUCGGUAUAUUCAGGACCUAAGAA